AUGCAGUUUGGUGAUCUGGCGAACCGUGAUCCCGACCCUGCUCCUGAACUAGUCGUUGCAGAGCACGAUGUGAUUAAGAGACUCAUUGCCUAUUACCUCAUUUGGUCUAACCCUGAUGAGUCAACCAUAUGUUUGGCUAAUUUAGAUAACACUUAUGGGGCUCCUAUUGCGGUUUUAGUCCCCAAUUUGAGAGGGGAUGAUCUAUCCUUGCUGGAACGACUUCAUCGGAAGCGUCGGUCUAUAGGCGUAAAGGUGGGAAGCUCGUCUAAUCCCAAAUCCGACCCAUCAUUUGAUGCCGAUGCCAGGGGUGAAUCUGAGACGAUAUUGGAUUUCGUCAUUCCCAACAGCCCGAUGAAGUCCAUUGGUCUUACCUAUUUAUCCUCUAAAAGUACUCACAGCAAGCGUGCAUAA